AUGCAGAAGUACGCCGGCGGCAUCUGGGGCAACGUGUCGAGCGGCGACCAGAUGCUCCUCCCGCCAGAGUACUUCGACUCGCGCUACAACCGGGAGUUCCUGGAGGAGUUCUGGGCGGCCUGGCAGAAGCAGGAGGCGAACGCCACGACGCGCAGGUCGCUGGCCCAGGUCUUCGCUCGCGGCAGCGGCUCCACGCCAAAGCCUUCUAAGGACGGCGGCGAGCGCGCUUGGACCGUGCAGUCGUCCACCAACCUGGGUCUCAGCCUCAUGCACCGCAUAGGCCUGAGCUUCAUCAAGAUCCCGGGAAUUCUGCAGGUGCAGCCGUACUUCCAGAUCAAGUUCGACUUCAACAUCAAGAAGCUCCUCAGCGCCAUUUCCAUGCGCGUGAGGGGGGCAGACCCGAACGGCCUCAGCUCGGCCUCCGUGCUGCAGCACUACCGCUCCCGGCAGGAGAAGUGCCUUAAGUGCGUGAGGAGCGGGCAGGCCUUCUGCGACCGCGAGCGCCCGGCGGAGUCCAUGCUCGCGGGCGGCCUCUCGGACGACAUGGACGACUGCGAGGACCGCACCACUGCGAGAAAGAAUGCCUGCCGGAGAUUCGAGUGGCCUCACGGGGCGAUCAAGGACGCGGGGCCUAGGCCUGGGAAGGUGUUCGAGAAUCAGGUCGGCCCCUGCUUCGACCGCGUGACCGGGCAGAGCAUCAAUCCAAGGUGGAUCUCCAGCGAGGAGCACUGCAGGGAGAUGCGCUGGCCUGCCACCGACGACGAGAAGGACCGCAGAGAGACGAAGGCGAGCGACUGGCAGUUUGGCUUCCUCAAUCAGGCCAGCGGCCGAACACACAAUCUGCUGGUCAUGGGGGACGACGUCAAGUUCGACGGCCGAAAGGCGUGCCACGAGGGCUUCCGCUGCUGCGGAGCCCGCAACCGCGUGGGCGAGGAGACCCUGCGCUGCGUGGAGGUGGACUCGCUGCAGCGCACCGGGAGCUGGCUCUUCAACAACCAGAAGUGCAAGUACUUCACCCCGGGCGACUUCCCAGGGGCGCGGUGGACCCACGUCCGGGACGAGUUCCGAUGCGCCCCCGUCGACAAGCACAACUCUGCCUUCGACGGGCACUGGUGGGUCGACCCGGCCAACCACUGGUCGGCCGCGGGGCACUGGUCGAAGAGAACAGACCUGGAUUGA